AUGACGGACUCUACGCAAUGGACUCGAGUGCUCCAGCUCGUCAACCUGCUAGGAGUCACGCAUCUUGCCGGCUACCAAUUCGGGACGGACAAGAUUACCAUGCACAGCAUCCUAGAACUCAAUGACAAGGACACCAUCGUAAAGCUCUGGUUCCGGGGAUGGGACUUUGGACGUGUAUACGGCCCCGCAAUGGUUGUCGGCACGGCCGCCGUUUUUGGCUUCCUGGCAUGGAACGACGGCAUUGCAAGUCCGGCGUUUCCCUUCAAUCUCGCAGCCGGACUCCUGAUGGGGGUCGUCGGCCCGUAUACGCACUUCAGGGUCUUCCCCAUCAACGACAAGCUCUUGGAGGAGCAUCGAAUUGUUAUCAAGGCGGAAAAGACGGAUGAGCGUCCAGGGGGGGCGAGUCUCGAGGCUGUUCGAGAAUGGGCUGCUGAUUGGAAGAGACUCGACAUACAUCGCCAACUGCUCGCGUAUCUUGCUGCGGGGGCUGGCUUGAUGGCUGUUCUCAGAUCCUGAGUUGCUGCUGAACCGAUUGGCGACUGAGGAUAUAUUCGAUGGUGGGGGAGAGUUGAGAC